UCAGCUGCAUUUGUCUUGCUGUUGUUCAUCAUAGAUAAGGAUUUGACGGAUGGGUGGAAUCAACAGGCUUGUACCUGCUGUGCCAUCCUCUUGGUACCUGAUAACUUCAUCGCUUUUCCAGAGUAUGUAGACCAUAACUGUGACAUGUACUGCAGGUGUGUUCGCUUGUAUGUAAGUGACCCUUUGGAAGUCUUGCCCAAAACCAGACCUCCAUUACCUGUGCUUUGCUUGUGUGUCCCAACAGGGGAUGAGGGCACUAGCAAGGAUGCUGUGAGUACGGGGAAGCUGAACCAGGAGAAUGACCACAUCUACAAUCUGUGGUGCUCUGGCCGUGUCUGCUGUGAAGGCAUGCUUGUUCAGAUGAAGUUUUUAAAGAGGCAGGACCUGCUGAAUGUGCUGGCCAGGAUGAUGAGGCCUAUGUGUGAUCAAGUGCAAGUCAAAGUGGUGCUGAAUGAUGAGGACAUGGACACCUUCGUCUUUGCCGUGGGCACAAAAAAGGCGCUGGCACGGAUGCAGAAGGAGAUGCAGGACUUGGUGAGGCUCUCCAGGCGAUGCCUUCUCUAAUACCUUCAGCAGCUCAAAGGAGCUGAACACAUGCAGCUGUUUUGUAUUUGCUGCAAGCAAUGAAAUAUUCAAUGCUACAGUAAGUCCUUUUGUGUAUUCAGACAAAAUGGGGCAUCUUUAGUAAAAUGGUCAAAGCCUUGAAUAUUUGAAACGAUUAUGUACUCUGUUAAUUAAGGAGUGAAUCGGUGCAUAUUAAGCAUCACAGUACAGGGCUCCAGACUAACUUUUCCAGUAGCAACAGUGGUCCUACCAACUAUCUCAGUUGGUUGCACCAGCAGAUGAUUAGGUUGCACCCCCUUUUUUUUUUUUUUUUUGCUGUGGCAUCAUAUUAAUCAAUGAUGUUGCAUGGUGAAGAAUAGUUGUCCUUAUUUGCAUAACUUACUUUUUGUAUUAAUGAAAGAUUGACAAUGACUCUACAGUAACCCCUUUGUGAGGGCUAGGGGUAGAGAGCACCAAAACCAUCCCCACGUGCACCAGCACACAAACAGUAGUGUAAAAUUAAACAUGUUCAUAUUUGCCUUUAAAUGUCUUAAUUAUUAAAUUAUUCAAACCAAAAUUUCCAAAUAUUUUCAUUCUGAAAAUGAAAACUUGGAAGUUAUCUGAAAUGAUUGAAAUCAUUUAUACAACAUGUACAAUUGUGAUGCGGCUAAGUGACAGGCCUAACCUUUGUUUUAGCAGCAAUUAUUUUGACACAGAGGAAUCGUCUUUCGGCUGCUCCUUCCUUCCUCUUUCACACCAAACACCUGCAUGUCCUCUCU